AUGUGCAAUGGGAUGUUCUUCUGUAAGGAACCAGAUGAGAGCUUAUCAUUUUUAGACUAUCUAGCUCAGAGUGCUCAGCAAUGGAACACGCAUCCUGAAUUGGCACCGAUAGCAGCACAACCUCUCCGAGUAAUUAGUGGUGGAGACCGAUACGAGGUCAAAGAGGAGACUAGCUUCCAAGCUCUGGUUGCUGCGUUGUCUAAGAAACUGGAAGUUAUGGAAUCAGAGAAAGAAAAAUCUAAGCCUCAGCCGAAUCCCCAGGUAUAUAGACAGCAACAGCAACCGGUGCACCAUGUUUCAGGGGAUACGUUUGAGUCAGUAAAGGUAGUUAUUACCUUGCAAAGUGGAAAAGAAGUUUCCCGUCCUGAAAUGCCCACUGACCAACAAACAGCCGCGCCGGCACCUGAGGUGACAGAUGAGAUAGUUAAAGGAAAAGAAAAAUCAGAUGAGGCCAGCUUAUGUUUAAAAAAAGAACUACUCAAGCUUUUGUUCGAGAACAUGACACAUGAAAUGAACGUGUUUAAUAAAACGCCGACUGGGCUUGAGGAAUCAGAGGUACACGCAGUAGACAUGGUGGAUGACUUGGAUGCAUUGGAGCUAUUUUCAGCAGUUCGUCUAGAUGGUGCAUGUAAAAGUGAAGCUCCUAGACAACUUGAGGACAAGCGACAGUUCUUUUCAGAAGUCAAGAUUAUAUUUGAGAAGAUGGGUUGUCCUAACUGCAAAGCAUGGCUCGAGGAAUUGGAUGAUACACGCUGGGCUUACCGAGCUGCAAUCAAGAGAAUUUCCAGAAUGACUCCAUACAGGUUGAUUUACGAUAAGGCAUGUGAUGUACCUGUUAAAAUUUAG